GUGAACUAAUCGAUCCAUUGAAAAACACAAAUAAUAUUUAACAAUAUUUUUAUAUAAGAUAUGGCAAUACUUUGUACUUCAUUAGUUCUUUUAGCAGUUAUUGCAAUUUUGGGAUACAUUUACCUUACAUGGAAUAAUAAUUAUUGGAAAAAGAGAGGAAUUAAAGGUCCUAAACCAAAACUAUUUUAUGGAACCCAACCAAGUUUAAUAACAGGAAAACGGAAUGCAAUCUAUGAUUAUUUGGAACAUUAUAACAAAUACAAGGCAAACAAUAAAUUCAUUGGAAUUUUUACUAAUAGAACACCUGGAUUAUUAAUUCUGGCACCAGAUUUAGCCAAAGAAAUUUAUACUACAAAAUUUCGACAAUUUCAAGAUAAUUUUUUUUCCGAUACUUUUGAUAGCAAAGUAGAACCAUUAUUUGGUCUAAAUCCAUUUUUACUUAAAGGACAAGAAUGGAAAGAUAAAAGAGCUGAAAUAACUCCUGGGUUAACAAUAAGUCGAAUUAAGGCUUCUUAUCCAGUGAUGCAAAAAGUAUGUUCACAAAUGGUUGAUUUUAUUAAAAAUAAAAACAAAAUUGAAGGAAAAGGUUAUGUUUUUGACUGCAAGAAGUUAACUCAACGUUUUACAAUACAAAAUGUAUCAGAUUGUAUUUAUGGGAUUGAAGCCGGGGCAUUUGAUUUAAAAAAUGAUAGUGAACUAUUAAAACAAGCGAAGAAUUUAAUUAAUGGACUUUUUGAAAGUCUUGGAAUUAUGUUUAUUAUAGAACUUGUUCCACUAUUAAAAAAUAUAUGGAAAGUUUCAUUUAUUAAACCGGAAGUAAAAAAGUUUUUUACAACAUUGAUGCGAGAUGCUGUUGAACUUCGAAAAAGAAAUCAAACAGAUAGAAUAGAUUUUUUGAAUUAUAUUAUGCAAUUGAAAGAUAGAAAAGGAUUAAGUGAUAUUGAGCUACAAGCGCAUUCCGUUACAUUUUUCCUUGAUGGAUUUGAGACUUCAUCAACAGUCUUAUCUCAUUCGUUACUUUGUAUGGGACGGAAUAAAGUUGUGCAACAUAAAUUGAGGCAAGAAAUUGAAAAACAUUGUGACGAAGAUGGAACUAUAAGCUUUGAAAAAAUCAUGGAUCUAACUUAUUUAGAUAUGUGUGUUAAUGAAACAUUAAGACUUUUUAUGCCUGGUGGUUUUCUUCAGAAAGUUUGUACAGAAGAUACUGAAUUAGUUAAUUCGGAUGGAACUGUUUUAAAUGUUAAAAAAGGAAUGGGAGUCACACUUCCAUUAUAUUGCUAUCAUAAUGAUGAAGAAUAUUAUUUUAAUCCUAAUGAAUAUAAUCCUGAAAGAUUUAGUCCUGAACUUGGUGGAGAGAAAAAAUAUCGAGAUAUAGGUGCUUUUAUGCCUUUUGGUGAUGGUCCGAGAACAUGUUUAGGUCAAAGAUUUGCUUUAACACAGAUCAAAAUUGCAUUAUGUGAAUUGGUUAGAAAUUUCGAUAUUGAUGUUGAUGAUAAGACAAGAAAAGACAAUUUACUUGAUCCAAAAAGUUUCAUUUUGUGUUUGGAUGGUGGUAUUUGGUGCACUUUUAAGGAAUUGAAAAAUUGAAAUUGAUUUUUAUUCAUUUAUUAUUAAAAUAUUUUGUGUUAACACGAAUGUUUUGUUUAAAAUAUUUUACAGAAAUUAUAGAAAUUAAAAUGAAAUUUUUUAAUAAUAAUUUUUUAAUAAUUUAAAUAAUAGUUUUUUAACAGAUUUUUAAUAUUUAUUUUAUUAAUUAUCUGUUCAUUUUUAGAAAUUGUUAUAUA